GCCCCGGGUUUUUGGGAGGUGCCAGCAGCGAUGUCGGGGCAGGCGCACACGGCACCACGACCUUCUCCCCACCCCUCGACCACGGCAUCAACUUGCCACUGCUUCCCCUUUCCAAACCUCCUCUUGUUCUAUUGCUUACCUUGCGUGUUUGCUACCACUGGGGAAUCCUGCCAUUGUUACUUGCCGCAUCGUGGCGAAUAGGGAGGCACAUACUUGGACCAGCACCAAAGUGCUUCGUUGAACCCCCGCCAUCCUCCGUCCAUCUAUCUACUCUUCCUGCGGCAAAGAUCCUUGACACAUCAGCACACACACACACACAAUGCAGCGUGUCGUCCGCUCCAGAGCCAUCACGGCCAGCGUUGGCCGGGCAGUUGCUCUGUCUGGGCCUCGCGUAGCCGCCAGAGUUACUGCCCCGUCCUCCAAGCUGUCUGCCACCACAGCUACCGCCUCCGCUCGACAGCUGCGGGCUUACUCGGCCCUGUCCUCGACGGCGACGAGCUUCCCUCAAACACACGAGAAGAUCUCCAAGCCCGAGGACACGCCUUACUUUAUCGACAAUGAGUUUGUCGGCAGCAAGGCCGACAAGUGGAUUGAGCUGCACGACCCAGCCACCAACAACCUCGUCACCCGCGUGCCCCAGAUGACCGAUGCCGAACUCGAGGCCGUCGUCGCCAGCGCCCAGAAGGCCUUCCCCGCCUGGCGCAACAUGAGCGUGCUUGCCCGCCAGCAGAUCAUGUUCAAGUUUGUCAACCUCGUUCGCGAGAAUUGGGACCGCCUCGCCGCCAGCAUCACCCUCGAGCAAGGCAAGACCUUCCCCGACGCCAAGGGCGACGUCCUGCGCGGCCUCCAGGUUGCCGAGGCUGCCUGCGGCGCCCCCGAGCUGCUCAAGGGAGAGGUACUCGAGGUGGCCAAGGACAUGGAGACGCGCUCCUACAAGGAGCCCCUGGGUGUCGUCGCAGCCAUCUGCCCGUUCAACUUCCCCGCCAUGAUUCCGCUGUGGUCCAUCCCCAUUGCCACAGUGACUGGCAACACCUUGAUCAUCAAGCCCUCAGAGCGAGACCCGGGCGCAGCCAUGAUUCUCAUGGAGCUCGUCAAGAAGGCCGGCUUCCCCGAGGGCGUCGUCAACGUGGUCCACGGCGCCCACCGCACCGUCGACUUUAUCCUCGAUGCCCCCGAGAUCAAGGCCGUCAGCUUCGUUGGCGGCAACAAGGCCGGCGAGUACAUCUUCACGCGCGGCUCGGCCAACGGCAAGCGCGUACAGGCUAACCUGGGCGCCAAGAACCAUGCCGCGGUGCUGCCUGAUGCCAACAAGAACCACUUCAUCAACUCCGUAGUAGGCGCCGCGUUCGGUGCCGCAGGACAGCGGUGUAUGGCACUCAGCACGCUCGUCAUGGUCGGCGAGACAAAGGAGUGGCUCAACGAAGUGGCCGAGAGCGCCAAGCAGCUCACCAUCAACGGCGGCUUCGAGCCCGGCGCGGACCUGGGCCCGGUCAUCUCCCCGCAGAGCAAGGAGCGCAUCGAGUCGCUCAUCGCCAGCGCGGAGGCCGAGGGCGCGACGAUCCUGCUCGAUGGGCGCGGCGCGAAGCCCCCUGGUGCGCAGUAUGCCAAUGGCAACUGGGUCGGCCCGACCAUCAUCACCAACGUGACAACGGAUAUGAAGUGCUACACGGAGGAGAUCUUCGGUCCCGUCCUGGUCUGCCUGAACGUCGACACGCUCGACGAGGCUAUCGACCUGAUCAACGCCAACGAGUACGGCAACGGCACCGCCAUCUUUACCCGCUCCGGCGCUACCGCCGAGUCGUUCCGCAGAAACAUCGAGGCCGGCCAGGUCGGCAUCAAUGUCCCCAUUCCCGUGCCCUUGCCCAUGUUCUCGUUCACUGGAAACAAGAAGAGCAUCGCGGGUGGUGGUGCCAACACCUUUUACGGGCGUCCCGGCAUCAACUUUUACACGCAGCAGAAGACGGUCACCACGAUGUGGUCCAGCGCGGACGCCAUCUCGAAAAAGGCAGAUGUCUCAAUGCCGACGCACAGUUAGGCUUGGUUGUAGGGUGGACAGAUCUCGGUGUGAGGUUUGGGAUGGGAAAAGGGGUUGCACGGGAGUAUUCGUCAGGGAAUUUCAACGUGGCCGAAAUUGUAUAUGUAGGCGCCAAAAGCGGACGGCUGGGGUACUUCAAGCAAGGCAGGUUGUGAACAUGCCCAUGAAUGAUUUAUUGCGGACAAGGAUAAGCCUGGUAGUGCGCCGAAUGAACCAAGUGCUGAGACC